UUUUAAAAAACAACAAAACGAACAAAAUUUCGCUUGCCUAUUAACUUAGAGGCCAUGAAAAAUGGCAGGUUUAGUCGGAAUUAAACCAAAACAUCAGCUAGCAAAUUGCGCCCCUGCGCGCCCUUAAACGGAGCUCUCGAACUGUAAAUUUGACUGGAAACGCAUUUGCAAUCGCGCGUUAAAGUAACUGCAUCAGGCGUCUGUAAAUAAGUUCUUGAAAAGAUGGCGGGCACUGGAGAGACAGGGCAUCGAGUGAGGAAUGCCGAGGAUCGAGCCCCACCAAGUCUUUAACACAACCAUUGUGUGUGCAUGCCGUUCAGCCAGCUAGCCACUCAGCGGGCUAAUUUGAAAUCAUCCCACAAUACAUCCUCCAGCCCGGUUUUUCCGCUUGGUACAACGAGAAAAAAACAGCGCAAACAAUUACAGCAAGCUCUGAGUUCACGGAUCGAAACGACUGAGCGUGAAAGAAGGUUUUGUUACAUUGUUGCAAAGCGCCGCUCAUCAGCUCCACUCUGUCAGAGGAGAGCCUGCUAGCUACAUUCAGCUGUGUUUUCCCCCCAAAAGACCAAUAUACAUCACCUUAACUGAAUAUAAACUUCGAUCGGAAUGCGCUAAACAGCCCCUGUAUUUGACCCACAUAAGGUGCAGUGAUGGCAUCAGAGGAGAAGAAGCCAGACAUAGAAACACAUAAGACACAUUCAGCAUCAGCAUCAUCCUCCAAGUCUGCUCCUGUGAAGCCAAACUACUCCUUGAAGUUCACCCUCGCAGGUCACACAAAAGCUAUAUCAUCAGUCAAAUUUAGCCCUAGUGGUGAAUGGUUGGCCAGUUCAUCGGCAGACAAGCUCAUCAAAAUAUGGGGCGCUUUUGAUGCAAAAUUUGAGAAGAGUCUCGCAGGACAUAAACUUGGAAUAUCAGAUGUGGCCUGGUCUUCAGAUUCACAUCUUUUGGUGUCUGCAUCAGAUGACAAAUCACUGAAGAUCUGGGAUAUGACUUCGGGAAGAUGUCUGAAGACACUGAAAGGCCAUAGCAACUAUGUCUUCUGUUGUAACUUCAACCCACAGUCGAACCUGGUUGUUUCUGGAUCUUUUGAUGAGAGCGUACGGAUUUGGGAUGUCAAAACUGGGAAGUGUCUGAAGACCCUGCCAGCUCACUCGGACCCCGUCUCAGCGGUUCACUUCAACAGAGACGGAUCUAUAAUAGUAUCCAGUAGCUAUGAUGGUUUAUGCCGAUUGUGGGACACUGCGUCGGGACAAUGUCUGAAAACUCUUAUAGAUGAUGAUAACCCUCCUGUCUCAUUUGUGAAGUUUUCUCCAAAUGGAAAGUACAUUCUAGCUGCGACACUGGACAAUACGUUAAAGCUCUGGGACUACAGCAAGGGAAAGGUAUGUCAUUGAACUACCAUAAAUGUUGACUGCUAAUAAC